AUGUGUACCAGAUUCAUACAAACGCUUCAUAUUCACAUCUAUCAGCCCAUGGUGGACACCUCGUGUCAUAGUUUGGCUCUUCGUAUUGGUGGCAAAUAUAGGCUUGGAAAAAAAAUGGCUCUGGUUCUUUUGGUGAAGAAUCGAGCCAAGCACCCUCAACUAGAGUAUGAACCAAAGGUUUACAAGACUCCCACAGGCGGCAUGGGUGUCCCCUUCAUCAGAUGGUGA